AUGACCGCCGAGAACCAGGAGGCCGCUGGCGAGGCCUGCGGCCGCAGCUGCUCCGGCCACCGGGGCUAUGGCCAUGGCUACAGCCUCGGGGGCUACGGCCACGGAGGCUAUGGCCACGGAGGCUACGGCCACGGGGGCUAUGGCCACGGAGGCUAUGGCCACGCGGGCUAUGGCCACGGAGGCUAUGGCCAUGGAGGCUACGGCCACGGAGGCUACGGCCAAGCUCUGGGCUACGGCCACCACGGCUACGGCGGCUACGGCCUGGGCCACGGCCACCUGAGCACCUACACGCACGCGCAGGGCCACUACGCGUACCCGGCCAAGGGCUGCGUCUCGCCGUGCGCCCCGCGGUGCCCCAAGUCGCCGUGCUGCACCCCAUGCCCGCCGUGCGUGCCCAAGAAGUGCGAGCCGUGCCCGGUCACCAAGUUCAAGGGGUGCCCCUCUCCCUGCCGCACCGUUGUCGCUGGAGGCUAUGGCGGCUACGGAGGCUACGGAGGCUACGGCUACGCGGGCAAAUACUGA